ACGUUAAUUACCAUUCCAAUCCCAAAAUUCCCUGCAUUUUCCCUCCCUUGCUUUUCUCUCUUCAAGAGCUAGGGUUUCCACGCGCCCUUCCCCAUCAACAUCUCAAUUCCUAGCUUACUUCUCUCAAAAUCACAGUAAAAUUUUCAUCAUCUCACUCCAUCUCCCUUCAAUUCAAUCAAAACCCAUCGAAUUGUAGAGAAUUGGAGCUGAAACAGAGAGACGGAAGUGCGCAUAUGUUGAUGGAGCUUCAAGGUAAGAAGAAGACUCGCGAUUUCCUCUCGCUUUACACAAAGGAUUCUUCAUGCCAGCUCCAGGAUUCAAGGUCCCAUCCGCCUCAAGGAUUUUUGAUGAAGACGACGCACGACUUCCUGCAGCCGCUUGAAACGGCAGAGAACGAGAAGGCGAGGAGGGGACCCACGCAGCGGACGACGCACGUGCUGCCGGGUGGGAUCGGCACGUACAGCAUCAGCCACGUGUCCAGCGGCGCCAGCACGUUUGCAGCCGUGAAGCCGGAGUCUAACACGUGCGGGCCCGACGCCGCAUACGCUUUCCCGGUUUGGGACGCUGCGAAGACCGCCGGGCCCACUACAGGGCAGUGGCCGUCAACAUUCGCCGCUCUCAGCCCACCGAGCUUCGGAUCACUCGCCUCGUCUAGGAGCAGCCAGUUCCCCGAUAAGAAGCAACGAUUCAUGGAGUCUGCUUCGAGAUUCAGCAAAGGUUUAGAUGAUGAUGAUGACGAUGAUGAGGAGUUAGGAAGGAGAGAGAGCUCCUCUCAUAAAGAGCUCACAGGGAAGAGUGAUGGGAAAACAGGCGAGCAGAAGGCUUGUACGCCGCGAUCAAAGCAUUCUGCCACGGAGCAGCGGCGGAGAAGUAAAAUAAAUGACAGGUUUCAAAUACUCAGAGGGCUUUUGCCAAACAGCGAUCAGAAAAGGGAUAAAGCAUCGUUUCUCCUGGAGGUCAUCGAAUACAUCCAGUUCUUGCAAGAGAAGUUACAGAAAUAUGAGUCGAGUUACCCAGGAUGGAGUGAUGAAACUGUCAAAUUAAUGCCAUGGGUAAAGGUCUAUUUUAGGUCAUUCUGGAAAAAUGCACGGAACAAUAACCAUGGCUCUGGCGAUGGCAUGGUUGAUCCUCAAGUAUUGAAGAAUGGUACUUCUUCUGGAUUAAUGGUGUCUGAUAGUAGCAUUCCAGUUGCCCCAUCUAUUCUUUCAUCUGCUCAAAAUCCAACAGAAUCUGAAUUGAUUGCUGGUGUUUCUUACAAAGAAUUGGAAAACCCUAAUGGUUUUUCCAGUAAGGUUGCAACUUCCCCAGCUUCUUUGCAUCCAAACUUGUACCCCUCUGUAGGAAGAGGGAUGGGGGUUGUCGUCCAGCCACAGCAAAGGUUAAUUCCUGAAACAGCUAUCACAGGAUCCCAGUCUGAGUGGUUGAGAUCCUCAUUCCAUACUGGUUGUACUGCCAGCAACGAUGAAAUAAAUGAACAGGAGUUGAUAAUCGAUGAGGGCACAAUUACUGUCUCUUCUGAAUAUUCUCAGGGCCUGUUGAAUAGUCUUAGCCAAGCACUGCAGAAUUCAGGCGUAGAUCUUUCACAAGCUAGCAUUUCUGUGCAUAUCAAUUUGGGGAGGAGAGCAAGCGUUAGCAGACGUAAUGCUUCCAGCAUGGCUACUCCAAAGGAACAGGAUGAACCUUUAUCCAACAACAUUGCAAUGAGCUCUGCUAGGUUAGGGAACAAAAUUGACGAAUCGGAGCAAGCAACAAAGAGACACAAAGCAGAUCACAACUAAAGCCAUUCAAAUACCUGGUAAUGUACAUGCUGUUCUACCUGUGUGGUUGAUUAUACGAAAACCCAAG